AUGUGGUGAAGAAUUUCGGUCAAAUAUCUGUAGUAAAUUGUUUACUGACUAACAAUUGUCGUUUGUAAAAAGUUUCUUGUUGUAACCUCUUCUCUAUAGAAUGGAAUUGUUACACACUUAUUGGCUAAUUCUCAAAUUAUUCCUGAAAAUGGUCAAACAUUUUUAAAUUUUCCAGACGAGACAAACGGCGUCUGCCGAGAGCUUCGCGGUGCGUGACGAGGAACUCCGCUCACACAUCGUAACAUCUUCGGAGUUCGUUCAAAGCAAAGCCGAAUUUGAGAUGAAGGGGUAGAACUAUGGACAAAAGUUACUGUCAGUUUAUAAACUCUGGUGGUUCAUGGCUUUCGUUUCCUGAACCAGAGGAAGACAGUGAAUCUGAAGGGGAGCAUAACAAUGACUUAGACUCGCGACAGGCAACUUUGUUGCCAAAAAAUGAAAUGCAUCUUUACGGUCAGUGUCCAGCAAACGAUAGUUGUGGAUUGGUCACUUGUGAUGACUGUGGAAAGAUCAUCAAAAUGCCUCUUUUUAAAUGGCAUCGUGAACUUUGCCAUGAACAUCUUCUCACCUCUAACUCGGAGAAAACAUUCCUGGAUAUAAAACGUAAAAACAUUUGAAAGUUUAUCAACGAAGGUUGUUAUCAAAAAUAUGAAAAUGUGAACGCUGAUGCAAUGGAUGUUGACACAGUGGAAGUGAAAAUUGAGGAAAUUCCGCUGAUUAUACCUAAAGACAUUUCAAAUGCGGAACAAACAACCGAAAUUCACUCACUAAAUCAUGUUGUGAAGAAAAUUACAUCAACGAAAAAAGAGGUUAAGGACUCAACGAAGAAGUUUGUUUUAACCAAAGAUCGAGAAUAUGAUCCCAACAGACAUUGCGGUGUUUGGUUAGAGGAUCAACAGAAAAACUGUACAAGGUCUUUAACAUGCAAGACUCAUGCUUUAUCAUUACGGAGAGCGGUUCCUGGUCAGAUUAAGAAAUUCGAUGUUUUAUUGCUGGAACAUGAGAGAGUGAAUAUCAAAAAGAACAACAGUUGUUAAAUAAAACUAAAACUCUUCUGUCAUGUCAAGUUCAUCUGGAAACAGAAAGAAUAUUUCAAAUCAAAGUUUUGGUAGUGCAGGUGGUCAAUUAAGUAAGGGCGCUUCUUCAAGUUUAUCUUACAAGUCUCAACAUUCAAGUUCUGAUGCAGAUCAAUCUGAUUUACAGUAUCUAAAUGCUCAUCCUAAACCAUUAGCUUGCUGCAACUUUGGAGCGCGAAGAGCUGGUCCGGGACAUUUUGUUUUUAAUCGAAAGUCUGAUCAUUUGAGGACUGCAGUGUUAUCUAUGGUUGAACAAUUAAUUCAUCCUUCUCAGUCAAGGCGAACGGUUGCCAAACAUUCCGUUUACAGAAGAUAUAAUACAAAGACUGCUGGACAGUCUUCAAAUCAAGGUUCAAUUAGAUUGACGGACUCAUUUAUGCGAAGCCGUGGAUCGCCUUUUAGUCAAGCUCAUGGUGGCAGUACGGUGUUUCGAAAUUCCAAUAAAUUAAAGGCAUCUAGGACGAAUAGUACGGAGCUGAUCUCGCACUCCAAUAAGAUUUCUAGAUUAAAUCACGUGACACCGACAACCUCUCACGUGACGAACACCACGUCCCGCGUUGGGCUGCAAUCAUCAUCUAAAACUUUAUCAAAUGUUAAAAAAAAUACGGUAACGCAAUCACACAACACGAACACGUCUCAAAUCGUUCAAACAUCGUCUUUGAAUGCUUCUGGUGUCAUCAACACUACGGUACUAGCAUCAAGCUCAACAUUAUGUCCCGGUGUCAACACCACAGGACCGGGAUCGAAUUCAACGCUGUGUUCCGCAGCCAACACCACUGGACUGGGUACAAGUCCAACGCUGUGUUCCGGGGUGAACACCACAGGACUGGGAUCGAGUUCAACCUUUGGUGGCGGAAUCAACAAUGUAGAAAUGGGAUCAAAUCUAUUAAUUGGGAAUGACGUCAUCAAUAAUGAUCCAAUUGCAGUCUCCGUUGCUUUUAAUGGACAAAUAGGAGUUGAGAACGUGCCAAGCAUUCACAGAGGCUCUAGUAAGAGUUGUUCUCCCGUGCCUUCGCCCCUUGGCUCUUGCGUCAUUCCUACGUCACCAUCGCCACCUGCUUCCGGUGUGUAUAAAAAUAGCAAGCAGGCUCUCACUCAAACAGAUGCGUCAUUAGCGUCGUGUGCAAGUAUGUCACCCCCUACAGUGUAUCAAAGACAGUCGUCCGGUGGACAGGCCAUGAGUCCGCUGCUCAAUGGUACUGCAUCUUCGCCUUCUGCUGUAUCUAAGGGUUAUACUUGCGUAAACUAUGCGCCAAAGUCGCCAAAUUUCAACAACAGAGGAGUGACAAAACCCUCGAAUGUGGUUAAUGCUGUUUCUAACGUCUCUCAAGGACAGAACGUUGUUUUUGGAAACACUUGUCAGUCACAUGCAGGCACUUCUUCAAAUUCGUCGCAAAUGACAAAUCAAAUGACGCAAGAUAAGAAUCAUGGACAAAAUAAUUUAUUUCAAAGACCAUUACCUUCACCUGGGCGAUCACCUUGUCAACCUUUAUCGCCCCAAAUUCCAUCUCCUGGUUGUCAAUCACCUCAGAGAUCCCCUGGUAGUGCUGCCUCGCCAAAAUACCAACAUUCUAUGUACCUCAAUCACCAGCACGGUCCCGUCUCCAGUCAGGCUCCAAUCGCGCAACUGAAACAACAAGUUGAGAACCAAGGACAACAGUUGCAACAAAUCAAAUUUCAUCAGUUAAAACAACAGCAACAGGUACCUAACCCGGCACAAUCUCAGCAACAUAAACAGCAAUCACAAUUUCGCGCGCAACAGCGUAUAACCCCGGCAACAAUGCAAUCUUCUCAACAGACAACAUACCUACUGCAACAAUCGCCGCCCAAUCAUGCCCCACCUGUACGACCUGCAAACGUGCAGGUCUUUAAAACAUCUAAUGCAGUAUAUCUAACGAACGAUAAUCCACCACGGGAAAUGCAGUUCUCUUUAAAUCGGAACGCUACGAAUCCGGUCGGAUAGCUUUCGUUGGUGAAUAGUUAAUAUAAAUUGUGCUCAAAUGAAGUGAAUGUUCUCCGUAACAAUCACACGAUGUACACGUAUGUAAAUAGAUAUUUGUAUAGGUUUUUAUUCGCUAUAGGUGUGACGAAUGUGCACUUUAGUAUAGGUAAGACUUGCUCUUCGUAGAGAAGUUUUGAUGCAUGAACCUCACACUAUUGACAUUAGCCACAUCAUAAGGUGUUCUCGUGCGGUACAGUGAGGUUUCAUUUCUUGGCUUUUGGUUCCAGUCUCCUUGUAAUAAUCAUCGUUCGGUAGCAGUUUUCAAACGUAAUCUGUUUUUAAUCACAAUCUACAUGCAAGUCAUCACCGUUGUUUAAAAUGCCGUAUGUUCCAUCCCAUGUUAUUUGAUCUUUGUACUUUUAAGAUAGAGAAAGUGCAAAGUGCUGGAAUGAAAUGUUCGGAAUUUUUUGCAUAGCAUUGUUUGAUGCAAAAAGACCAGACCAAUAGACUUUCAGAUAACCGCCCGUCUUGUGUUGCUCCCCGUUUGUACUGUGACAAAGUAUACCAUAUUUUGUUAUUUAUAGACCAGACAUAGGCCAAAAUAGUUUCCAGGUCGCCAUACGUUUUCUCCAUCACCCAACCUCAAAUGGUUAAUUCUGCAAAUAUUUUUGUAUUUCUCGGCAAUGUCCGAGUAAACAAAUAACACACCCACGAAAAACAUCAAUAGCAAACAUGAGAAUAUUUUGAAAAAAUAGCGCGUUCGCUAUAUAAUUUAUACAUAUAUUUGGUAGCAAUGUACAAAUUGAACAAAAUACACAGCGUGUAUUGUAAAGUCUUAAAAUAUUUAUAUUGUCAAUAAUAUGAAUAGUUAAUAAAAUUAUUUGAAUAUCGA